AUGGAGGUUCAUCAUGCUCAGGCACCACCGACGACGGCGCCGUCGGAACAUUCACUCACGUUCCCUUUCAUCGGUGACUAUUUGUCGAGUGCUUCACUUUCAACUUCUGACUAUGGAUCUGAUUGUUCAACGUUACCGAUCGAAAGAUCUGGGAACCGUGAAUUCUCCCCAUCUGAUGAUUCUUCGAUGUACGUAUCCAGUAUAUUGCGGUUAGCAUCAGAAGUUCCAACUGACUAUGCAUUCAAUACAGAUGAGAACAUUGCAAUGAAACAUGAAAAUGUGAUCGUCAUCUGUACACAAUGUCAACAGCAAAUCCAAGACAAAUUCUUCCUGAGUGUGGAUGGAAGACAUUGGCAUGAGAAUUGUUUUCAAUGUACGACAUGCGAAAACCCGCUCUCCAGCAAAUGCUUUUACAAAGACAUGAAGUUCUACUGUAAAACAUGCUAUUUUAGAACACAUGUCACAACAACCGCUUCCAGUUGCAGAGAAUUCGGUCCCAAGUGUGCUUCGUGCGAACGUCUGAUCCAGUCGACGGAUUGGGUGAGAAGAGCGAGAAACUAUGUAUAUCAUCUUGCGUGUUUUGCAUGUAACCAAUGUAAAAGACAAUUGAGUACCGGGGAAGAGUAUGCACUUCAAGAGGGAAAUCUACUUUGUAAGCAACACUUCUUGGAACUAGUUGAAGGAGAUAGCGGGGUGUCUAGUCAAAAGGCCAAAACGAAAAGAGUGAGAACAACUUUUGCUGAUGAUCAGUUGUCUGUCUUGCAGACAUACUUCAACCGAGAUAGUAAUCCAGAUGGAGCGGAUUUGGAGAAAAUUGCUACGAUGACUGGUUUGAGCAAGAGGGUCACUCAAGUUUGGUUUCAGAAUUCCCGAGCUCGCCAGAAAAAGUGGCAUCAGAAGUCUGAAGGAGAUAAUGAAGAUAGCCAGAGAUCUUCUGUUGGUCCUUUGAGUCCUGGACAAAAAUCGGAUAGCAGUAGUGAAAUGAUGUAUCCGACAUCAGUCACAACUAGUGUGGAAGAUGCAAUUCCUGAAUCAGUCGUCAUUUUAUCUUCUCUACAAUAUGAAUAA